UUCCAGCGAGCCGCAAGCCGGGUUGGCGCUGUCUUCAUCAUGUCACUAUUUUACCUUCCAUUCAGCGCAGUGUCGGACGUGUUCUUGUGUUUUCAUUUCCUCAUUUUACCUCCUGUUAUCGCUCUUUUCUACAGUUUUUCCUCUCAAAUCAAACCCCAUUAUUCAUGUUAUCGCCACGAUAAGGCGGCGAAGAAGUUGCAAAGAGUGGAAAAAGGUUGAUUUCGUGUGUGUUUUCCUCCCCAUUUGUGUGCUGCAAUGUGGAGCCCGACCCAUAUUCAGGUGACAGUGCUCAAGGCGCGUGGGCUUCUGAUAAAGGGCAAGAACGGGACCAACAAUUGCUUCGUGACCAUUGCGCUGGGCAAGGAGAAAUAUCAGACUUCCGUGAAGGAUAAAGCUGAGCAGAAUGUGGAUUGGCACGAGGAGUGUGAAUUGGCGAUUCCGGAGAAGGGAAAUCGCGCCGAGUUGAUUCUCACGAGUUUGCAUCGGAACAACUUUGGGAUGGAUGAGUUCUUGGGUCAAGUGGCGUUGCCGCUGAGUGAGAUGGAUGCGUAUGAGAGGCCGCGAUCGCGAUGGUUCAAGUUGACCAGCAAGCCGGGCAAGGAGAACAAGAAGGAGCGCGGAGAGUUGGAGGUGAGAAUCUCAUUCACUGUCAAGGCGGGCUCUUUGACGGAUCUCAGCAAGAAGGAGAAGCACAAAUCGUCGCUGGGACAGCUUGCGUCAAAUGCCGGCGGGAGUUUGUUGAGUCUGGGCACGCUGGAGAAGCGGAAGAAGCUGAAGAACUUCGCCAAAUCGCUGGGAUCGAAGGUGCAUCUGAGUGGGAAGUCGAAGAAGGAGAAGAAAGUCGUGGAUUCGGACUCAAUGUCGGGCAGUUUUUCCAGCAUUGGCACACCGGGCAGUGGGCAAUUUCAGCGGCGAUCGGGCCAGACGAUGGGAGACGCCGAUCCGGGGGUGAUUAGUGAGGAUGAGGAUGAGUUCACGUUCGAGAAUUUGUCACACAAGAGCUCGGGAAGCUCUCUAAACAUCAAAGGCUAUGCCGGGGCGAAUACGUCAGUGCAGCGCACGGAUUCCACCAAGACCAGCAGUCCGGCGGUGAGCGUGAAGAGUCAGCAGCGACCGGAGACACCGCCAGGAGAGGUGUUCAUCACAGUUCCACUGGAUGCCAAUCAGAAAUCAAUGACACUUCCAGCAAAGCCGCCGCGCGGCCUGGAGACGCCGCCCAAGAAGGAUGAGUGGGAGGAGAAGUUGUACGGCAAGUACAAGGAGAGCGGCAGCACGGAUUCGCUGAAGAGGCGCUCCUGGGAUCCGACAAAUCGUGUUCCGCUCACGGUGACCAGUGAAGAGGAGGAGGAGCCCAAGGUGGCCAAAGUGGAGGAAGUGGCCACGGCGCCGUCAUCGCCGGCGUUCAUGGAGAAGUCCCUGAAGGUGAAAGGCGAACACAAGCCACUGCCGCUGCCCAGGAGCAACACGAUGGAGGCGAUCAAUGAGAAGAGCUCAGAGGGCGGUGGCGGGAAGGUGAAGAGCGAGAAGGAGAACAGAUUCACAAAGAAGCUGAAGUACUUCCGUCGAGAGUUUGGGCAUCGUGGCCAGGAUGACAAGGACAAGGUGCAGCAAUUCAGCGAGAGAAUCAUCAUUGGACAUGAGAACGAAAUACUCCGCAACAGAGAUUCUAUUCACAGCGGUGAAGUGUCGAAGGAAGUCCUCCAGAAGUACGAUGGGAAGUCUAAGGAGGAAAUGAUGAAUUUGGCCCACUAUCUGGAGAGUGAGGUGAAACACCAGAAGCAGAGGGUGAAAGAACUGGAGGACUACCUGGACAAUUUACUCCUCCGCGUCAUGGAGACUCAGCCGAAGAUUCUACAAAAUCCCUACGUUAAAGUCAGUCCCACUAAAAGUGGAUGAAUUUCUACAAGAUUUUAUGGCAUCUUUUUUAUUCCAAUAACUAUUUUUAAAAUGUUGCAAACAAUAGAUUAUUGUAUGGACUUUCUAGACAUGAUCCAGGCAGGCUAAAGAAUUUUUAUAAUGCAACUGUGGGUGCCUUGCAAAUGUUGAGAAAUACUGAGCUGCUAUUUUAUACAUAUACAAUAUGAAAGAUAAAUCAAGGAACAUUUGAGAUCAUUGGAGAAUUAUAUGUUAUAUAUUUUUUAUACUUCAAUAUCGUGAAAAGCAAGACAAUUGUCACGAGAGGAAGAGUGUCUUGUGAAUGCAUCAUGUUCUGUCCUUUUACCAACUAAUUGAUGUUAAUUUAGGCGAUUGGCGAAUGAUUGGAGAGACGAAAAGCGAUCAGUUUCUAUUUAUUAACGUUAUAAGUUAUACUAGAGAUGAUUUAGAUGAGAUAACAGUGGCGAUGGGUUGAUAAAUUAUUAUUGAUAUAAACUUUUUAAUCAGUGAUAAAUAAAAAAAACACUUCUCAAAU